AUGCCCCUGGGUGCCCCUGGCCUAUGUCCCUGUGUGCUCCUGGCCUAUGCCCCUGUGUGCUCCUGGCCUAUGUCCCUGUGUGCUCCUGGCCUAUGCCCCUGUGUGCCCCUGGCCUAUGCCCCUGUGUGCCCCUGGCCUAUGCCCCUGUGUGCCCCUGGCCUAUGCCCCUGUGUGCCCCUGGCCUAUGACCUUGUGUGCUCCUGGCCUAUGCCCCUGUGUGCUCCUGGCCUGUGCCCCUGUGUGCCCCUGGCCUAUGCCCCUGGCCUGUGGCCCUGUGUGCCCCUGGCCUAUGCCCCUGAUCUAUGUCCCUUUGUGCUCCUGGCCUGUGCCCCUGUGUGCUCCUGGCCUGUGCCCCUGUGUGCCCCUGGCCUAUUCCCCCGUGUUCCCCUGGCCUAUGCCCCUGUGUGCCCCUGGCCUAUGCCCCUGGUCUAUGCCCCUGGCCUGUGCCCCUGUGUGCUCCUGGCCUGUGCCCAUGUGUGCUCCUGGCCUAUGCCCCUGUGUGCCCCUGGCCUAUGCCCCUGGUCUAUGACCCUUUGUGCCCCUGGCCUAUGCCCCUGUUUGCCCCUGGCCUAUGCCCCUGUGUGCCCUUGGCGUAUGCCCCUGUGUGCUCCUGGCCUAUGUCCCUGUGGUUCCCUGGCCUAUACUCUGCGUGCGUGUCCCGGUCUAUGCCCCUGUGUGCCCCUGGCCUAUGCCCCUGUGUGCUCCUUGCCUAUGUUCCUGUGGUACCCUGGCCUAUACUCUGCGUGCGUGUCCCGGUCUAUGCCCCUGUGUGCCCAUGGCCUAUGCCCCUGUGUGCCCAUGGCCAAUGCCCCUGGCCUGUGCCCCGUGUGCCCCUGGCCUAUGCCCCUGUGUGCCCAUGGCCUAUGCUCCUGUGUGCCCCUGUGUGCCACUGUGUGCCCAUGGCCUAUGCCCCUGGCCUGUGCCCCUGGCCUAUGCCCUUGUGUGCUCCUGGCCUAUGCCCCUGUGUGCCCCUGUGUGCUCCUGGCCUACGCCCCUGUGGUACCUUGGCCUAUGCCCCUGUGUGCCCCUGGCCUAUGCCCCUGUGGUACCCUGGCCUAUACUCUGCGUGCGUGUCCCGGCCUAUGUCCCUGUGUGCCCCUGGCCUAUGCCCCUGUGUGCCCCAGGUCUAUGCCCCUGUGGUACCCUGGCCUAUACUCUGCGUGCGUGUCCCGGCCUAUGUCCCUGUGUGCCCCUGGCCUAUGCCCCUGGGUGCCCCUGGCCUAUGUCCCUGUGUGCUCCUGGCCUAUGCCCCUGUGUGCCCCUGUGUGCCCCUGGCCUAUGCCCCUGGGUGCCCCUGGCCUAUGUCCCUGUGUGCUCCUGGCCUAUGCCCCUGUGUGCUCCUGGCCUAUGUCCCUGUGUGCUCCUGGCCUAUGCCCCUGUGUGCCCCUGGCCUAUGCCCCUGUGUGCCCCUGGCCUAUGCCCCUGUGUGCCCCUGGCCUAUGCCCCUGUGUGCCCCUGGCCUAUGCCCCUGUGUGCCCCUGGCCUGUGCCCCUGUGUGCCCCUGGCCUAUGUCCCUGUGUGCCCCUGGCCUGUGCCCCUGUGUGCCCCUGGCCUAUGUCCCUGUGUACCCCUGGUCUAUGCCCCUGUGGUACCCUGGCCUAUGCCCUUGUGUGCCCCUGGCCUAUGCCCCUGUGUGCUCCUGGCCUGAGCCCCUGUGUGCUCCUGGCCUGA